AUGAAGGAAGUACUAUCCAAGAAAAUACGAAUCGAAGAAUACACACCAGUGACACUCACGGCAACUUGCAGUGUCAUUCUUCAGUCGAAUCUACCAGAGAAAAUGAAAGAUCGAGGGAGUUACUUUAUUCCUUGUAUUAUUGGAAAUUCUACUUUCGAUAAAGCUUUAUGUGAUUUGCGGGCAAGUAUUAAUUUGAUGCCUAUGUCUGUGUUUCUAAAACUGGGCUUAAGAAAUUUGAACCGCACUCGCAUGACUUUACAAUUAGCUGAUCGUUCAUUGAAAUACCCUAAUGGGAUUGUAGAAGAUGUGCUAGUUAAAGUAGAAAAAUUCAUCUUGCCUGUUGAUUUUGUGGUACUUGAAAUGCCUGAAGAUGAUGAAGCACCAAUUAUUCUAGGUCGUCCAUUCUUAGCCACUGGUAAGGCGAUGAUUGAUAUGGAAUUAGGAUCUUUGAAACUUAGGGUGAAUGGGGAAGAGAUUGUUUUCAAUUUGAUGAAUGCAUUUAAAUACUCUGAACAUGUUGAGCAUUGCAGUAGAAUAGACGUGAUCGAGGACUAUGUUUCCUCCUUUUUUGAUUUGUAUGAAUUAUGUGAUUCUGUUGAGCACUGCAUUGUUAACUCUAUUGAUUUGCAUUCUGCUUCCCCUGAAACUCCAAUUGAAAAUAAUGUGCUUGAUUGUGUGUUGUUUCUUGAAUGUGCCGAGAUUUUGGGCAUAGACGAGGUAAGAAUCAUCCCUGAGAUACCAGUUAGUGUGAAAACGGACCCCGUACUGGAAUUGAAACAAUUACCGGAUUAUCUUUGUUAUGCUUUUUUUGGAGCAGACAAGACUUAA